CCUUCGAAACGCCGCCCUGUUGCCCGCUGGACAUCCGCGUCAUCGUUUUGCGAUUGGACGAUCGCUUGAUCUGGUGAGGUUGGUGGGAAAGAUUACAUCAAACACUUCCCUCCUCUCACCCACCUCAUGGCCCAUCAGUCGCCAGCGGGGCCUCUUGCGCCGCCGCACCAUUAUGGUGCGCCGGCAGCCGUUCGCCCUCCGCCAAACGGGGCUCCGAUGCAACAACCGCCGCAAGCGAAGACAGCCGCGCAAUACCUCGCCCAGACCAAUGAAUCCGUAUGGCUUCAACUCGGCAAUCUCUCCGAGGUCAUGGGCGAGCUCGACGGCGCCACCGCUGCCUACGAGCAUGCGAUGACCUUUAACCAGUGGUCUGUCCCCGCGAUGCUUGCCAUCUCUUGCAUCCUCCGCUCCAAGGAUCAAUUCACAGCUGCUGUCGAGUAUCUCAGACAGAUUCUCAAGGUGGAACCGACGAACGGAGAGGUGUGGAGCAGUUUGGGACACUGCUAUCUCAUGAUGGACGACUUGCAGCAGGCGUACUCGGCAUACCAACAAGCCCUCUAUCAUCUUCCUGACCCCAAAGAACCAAAGCUGUGGUAUGGAAUUGGUAUACUCUACGAUCGCUACGGCUCAUUGGAGCAUGCCGAAGAGGCUUUCUCCCAAGUAAUGCGCAUGGAGCCCAACUUCGAAAAGGCCAACGAAAUCUACUUUCGACUUGGUAUCAUAUAUAAGCAGCAACAGAAGUUCGCGCAGAGUCUCGAGUGCUUCCGUUAUAUUGUGACCGACCCGCCUCGUCCUCUGAGUGAAGAGGACAUCUGGUUCCAGAUCGGCCAUGUCCAUGAGCAACAGAAAGAUUACGAUAACGCAAAGGCUGCAUACACCCGUGUGCUGGAGCGUGACCCGAAUCACGCCAAGGUUUUACAACAGCUUGGAUGGCUUCACCACCAACAGAGUACCAGUUUUAACAGUCAGGAGCAGGCGAUUGAGUACUUGGAGAAAUCGGUCGCUUCUGAUCAAACUGACGCGCAGAGCUGGUAUUUGCUUGGCAGAUGUUACAUGUCGCAACAGAAGUACCCCAAAGCAUACGAAGCUUACCAGCAAGCCGUCUAUCGCGAUGGCCGCAAUCCAACAUUCUGGUGCUCGAUUGGUGUCCUUUACUACCAGAUCAAUCAGUACAGAGAUGCCCUCGAUGCAUACUCUCGCGCUAUUCGCCUGAAUCCAAACAUCUCGGAGGUGUGGUAUGAUCUUGGCACACUUUACGAAUCAUGCAACAAUCAGACGAGUGAUGCACUUGACGCCUACAGCAGAGCCGCCGACCUAGAUCCAACCAAUGCUCAUAUCAAGGCACGUUUGAACCUUCUCAAGGGCCAGCCAACCAAUGGCAUUCCGAACCAGGGUGCACCAGCGCCGCAAGACGUACAUCCUCAAGCAUAUCAGCCAGGCACUCUUGGUGCCGGUCCUCCUGGUCCUCAGUGGGGAGCACACUCUCAGAACCCACCGCCUCCUGGUCCUGCUCCGCCACCACUGGCUGCCGGCAACAACUGGAACGGCAAUCGCUUGGCUGACCUUCAAAAUCCGCAAAUGCAGCCACGGCCGAUGAAUCCUUUCGACCAACGUGAUCGCCUUCCUCCCCAGCAAGGGCAGCAGCAAGGCCCAUCGCAGGGUCAGCAGCCACCAUUGGCAUCUGCUCAGCAACAGCAAAGCGGUCCGCAGCCAACUCUCCUACAGAGGCAACCAAGCCCACCCCCUUCGCGUCAAUACCAGGAGCAACCAUCUCGACCACCUCCGCCUCCACAUCGAGGACUUUCACCAUCGCCCAAAGGACAACAGUCUGCGCCCGCGCCUUACCCACAAAGCGGGCCGCAUCCAGGCCCACAGCAGCAACCCAUUCAGCCUCACCAAGCUCAGCAACCUCAUCAGCAAGAUGCACAGAGGCCGCCUUUUGUUUCGCAUCCUUCUAAUGGCCCACCAGCCCCGUCUAACGGUGUCUCUACGCCUUCUGCUGCUUCCUCAUCGACUUUGCCACCAUAUGCGCGCCAGCAAGAGAAUCAACCAGAAAUUCGCCCACUUGUUGGCAAUCCUGCUCCGUCGCCGAGCCCUGGGCACUUUGGAGGACCACGAACACCAUAUGAGCAUCAUCCAAACCCAAUGGCGCCCAGCAUAGCGAGCGGUGCGCCACCUCCAAUAUCUGCCCAGACAGCUGCGGAUGCUGCUGCAAGGGAGCGCGAGGAAAGGCCUGGUAGUGCCGCUCCCAAACGUCUUCGCGAGUGGGAGGAUGAUCCCAACCACAGCGCCUCUAAGAAGCCUACAACCGACGAAAGUCGUUCUCGCCUGGAUGAGAUCAAGAUUCAAAGACCCUCGCCGCCAGCCAAGACUGGGACACCACCUGGGCAUCGAAGUCCCUCGGAGCUCAGACGUAUGGAGGAACCGCGUCCUACUUCUGCAUACAACCCUUCAGAAGCUGCUCACCAUCCACCAUCACUUCCAUCAAUGCAGGCCAUAACUCAGCCAUCACCACGAAUGUCGGCUCCGCCUCAGGAAGAACAACGAGCGGCACCGCCGCCACAGCCACAGCCACAACCGGUCUACGAACCUGCUGCACGAAAGAUGGAUGUGGAUGAGAACUAUGACGACAGCGGUGAUGAUGAGAAGCGAUCGGCCACCAAACAAGAAAGUCAGCGAAGCAGUCCCAAAGCGAUGAAUGGAUCGUCGACCGCGCCGCCGGCUAAUGGUGCUGUCGAGCAAUAAGCAUAGGUUUGAUGCAUAAUUUGAAUGCCUUUCAUGAUACCAAUGAUUUGUGAAGUGAGAAAACGGCUAGCAUGACGCGAAAGAACAGAAAGGCCAGGGCAAAUCUCGCGCAAGCUUAUCGCGUCGUUUCUCUUCAGUAGAUGCAUAUACAGUCAACCAUAAGUGUCCAUCCUG